AUGUCUGAGCCGCAUGAAACGUACGAGGCUGUUGUUGUGGGCGCUGGUCCGGCGGGCAUUACUGCUGUCGGAAACUUGCUGGAGAACCGUCUCGACAAGAUCUUAUGGGUUGACGAUUCCUUCAACGGCGGUCGAGUCAACCAAUACUACCGCGAGGUGCCGUCGAACACCAAAGUAAAGCUUUUCAUUGACUUUGCGACCGCUGUUGCACCUUUUCGGAAGAUAGUCAGUGGAAUUCCUUCGCGUGACCGAUGGGAGGAACCAAGCGCCAGURACGGUGUGCCAAUCGAUGGCCAGCAGGACAAACUACAGGACUUGCGAAAACUCGACCAGGAAAAGGGCUGCCAUCUUAGUCAUGCAGCAGAUAUGUGCUUGAUGCUCACUCAUGGACUGAAAAGGGCCCCUGGYGUUACCGCACAUCAAGGGCGGGUGAGCGAGGCCGUCCUCGACGAAGAAGCAUUGCAGUGGACGGUGAACGUUGCAAGUAGCAAGCCUUCAUCUAACGACAUCACCAGCGUGCAAGCGAAAAGAUUGAUCCUUUGCACUGGCUCAACACCUAGCGAUCCACCCCUUCCGACCGAUUUCGACGUUGAACACAUCAAUCUUGACGACGCCCUGUCACCUACGCAUCUUUCCAAGAUCUUCUCUCCGCUCGGUCCCACGACGGUGGCAGUUAUUGGUGCCUCGCACUCUGCUAUUCUCGUCCUCAUGAACCUCUCGCAUCUUGCACUCUCUGCCAAACCGGAUCUCAAGAUCAAGUGGUUUACUAGACAUCCACUUCGAUAUGCCGAGUACGAGGAUGGCUUCAUCGCCCGCGACAAUACUGGUUUGAAGGGAGCAGCCUCCGUGUGGGCUCGCGAGAACUUGGAACCCGACACAUUCCCCAACAGCUCCGUCGCCAACUGCAUUGAGAAGAUUGCUUACGAGAAAGGUACUGAAAAGGAGGUGUACGCCAAACAUCUCCCGGGGACUACAUACGUGAUACAAGCCAUUGGCUACGAACGCAACCCGCUCCCAGAGUUGAAGUCUAGCAAGGGCAAACCCAUCACGCCACGUUUCGAUCAUGAUAGAGGAGUCUUCCACCACGUCCAGGAGAGCGACUGCGGCAAGAUUGGGGAUCUCGCGCAAUUGCCAGGCUUGUUUGGAGCAGGUAUUGCUUUUCCGGAGAGAGUGGUGGACAAGAAGUACGGGCAUGAGGAGUUCAACGUCGGCUUCUUCAAGUUCAUGAAAGCUGUGAAGAAGUGGGUUGCUGCGGAUUGGAAGUAG